AUGACCCGCGCAACGCAGACCCUGUCCGUGGCCUUCCUGGCCACAUCGCUCUACCUCUCCCUCUACCUGGAGCUCAUCCCGCUUCCCGCCAUCAUCCAGACCGAGAUUGUGCCAGUGCUCCCCUUCUGGUUCAUCGUCGCGCUCGGCGCGUACAUCCUCGCUCGCCUCGGCUGGGGCAUCCUGACCUUCAACGACUGCCCCGAGGCGCACAAGGAGCUGGUGGAGGAGAUUGAGCUGGCGCGCGCGGACCUGCGCCGUCUGGGCGUGAGCGUGGACUAG